UCGGGCCCCGAGCCGCCCGCGCACCCUGCGGCCCACACGCCGCCCAGACCCCGGCAAACCCCAGCCGGACGGAAGCCCAGACUGACGUCGCCGGGACACUAGGUUCCCUCGUUGCCACCCUGGGGUUAAUGAUUAUCCAGAAGGCAGCUAUAAAGGGAGCCUGGGUGGAGGAGGGAGCGUAAGAAAAACCAACUCAGCAGAUCUGGGCACUGAGAAGGCAGCAGGCAGGAGCAGCGAAGAGGCUGUGGUCAGAGGUGCUGUGACUUGGCUGGCAGAGCCGACUCAUUUCCACCAUGGCAGCCCAAGGCUAUGGCUAUUACCGCACCGUCAUCUUUGCGGCCAUGUUUGGGGGCUACAGCCUGUAUUACUUCAACCGCAAGACCUUCUCCUUUGUUAUGCCGUCAUUGGUGGAAGAGAUCUCACUGGACAAGGAUGAUCUGGGGCUCAUCACCAGCAGCCAGUCAGCAGCCUAUGCCAUCAGCAAGUUUGUGAGCGGGGUGCUGUCCGACCAGAUGAGUGCUCGCUGGCUCUUCUCCUCUGGGCUACUCCUGGUCGGCUUAGUUAACAUAGUCUUUUCCUGGAGCUCCAUGGUGUCUGUCUUCGCUGCGCUUUGGUUCCUUAAUGGCCUGGCACAGGGACUGGGCUGGCCCCCCUGUGGGAAGAUCCUACGGAAGUGGUUUGAGCCAUCCCAGUUUGGCACUUGGUGGGCUGUUCUGUCGACCAGUAUGAACUUGGCUGGAGGGCUAGGCCCUAUCCUGGCAACCAUCCUUGCCCAGAGCUACAGCUGGCGCAGCACGCUGGCCUUGUCUGGGGCUCUGUGUGUGGUUGUCUCCUUCCUCUGUCUACUGCUCAUCCACAAUGAACCUGCUGAUGUUGGACUCCGCAACCUGGACCCUACCCCCUCAAAGGGCAAGAAGGGCUCUUCAAAGGAGGAGAGUACCCUACAGGAGCUGCUGCUAUCUCCCUACCUAUGGGUGCUUUCCACUGGCUACCUUGUGGUUUUUGGAGUAAAGACCUGCUGUACAGACUGGGGCCAGUUCUUCCUCAUCCAGGAAAAAGGACAGUCUGCCCUUGUGGGCAGUUCUUACAUGAGCGCUCUGGAAGUUGGAGGCCUCAUAGGCAGCAUCGCAGCUGGCUACUUGUCAGACCGGGCCAUGGCAAAGGCAGGGCUGUCUGUGUAUGGGAACCCUCGCCAUGGGCUGCUGCUGUUCAUGAUGGCUGGCAUGACGGUUUCCAUGUACCUCUUCCGGGUAACAGUGACCAGUGACUCUCCCAAGGAUGUAGCUCUCUGGACUUCGGCUUUCCACUCUCUCGCUGAACUUACGGGCUUUACAGAGCACGAGAUCUGGAUCCUAGUGUUGGGAGCUGUGUUUGGUUUCUCCUCUUACGGUCCCAUUGCCUUGUUUGGAGUCAUAGCCAAUGAGAGCGCUCCUCCCAACUUAUGUGGCACCUCUCAUGCCAUUGUGGGGCUUAUGGCCAAUGUGGGUGGCUUUCUGGCUGGGCUACCCUUCAGCACCAUUGCCAAGCACUAUAGUUGGAGCACAGCCUUCUGGGUAGCUGAGGUGAUUUGUGCAGCCAGCACAGCUGCCUUCUUCCUGCUCCGAAACAUCCGCACCAAGAUGGGCCGAGUACCCAAGAAAGCUGAGUGAAGAGAGUACCUGCGAUGGGGAUCUCCACCUGAAGCUCCCUGGUGGGAUGCAGCAAGGACAGGGGACUGUUCCAGCCAGCACAGAACCUGCAACUGGAACAUGUCUGCACUAGCUCCCUUGUCCAGAGCGGUGCUACAAGUUAUCAGCGGCUGAGGAGGUCCAGGCUCCCCUGAUCUUUGCUCCAGCCCAUCUUUGCUUUUUUUAAGUGAAAACCUUUGUGGACCGCAUCAGCUCCUAUUUCCUACCUUCAAACAAACAAACUCCCGUAGUAGGGAGUCUAGUUACCCAUUUUUUCCCCCUCCUGAGCCUGGGUCCUGUUUCCAUGCCAUCUAUCCCCCUCUGAGGUGAGACUGUCCCUGUGGCUGCAGGACAUUAAUGUUGUGGCUUCUGCUCAGCCCUAAGGCCUCUUGACAGUGGGCAAAGCUAUCACCCCAAGGGAAGAGAGGCAGCCACUCUCAUCAAUACACUGGGUACACAAGGGAGGUAUGUGGGGGAGGAGGUGCAAGUUGACAUGUUAUAGAUUAAAAAACGAGAUUUGAUAGUAAA